GCUCUAACACUUGCCCCAAACAAGAGCCUUUAUUGUGUUUCGCCAGGAGAACAACAUGGCAGACGUUGCCGUCCAAUCCGACGGAAGAAGCGGCGGGAUUGUGAUCAACGAUGACUGGCCAGGCUACAGUUUAGACCUCUUCAGCUAUCCAGCUCACUACUCCGGGGAUAUAGACUGUGUCAUCAUUCCGCAUGGCGUGAUUAUGGACAGGACAGAACGUCUGGCUCGAAACAUCAUGGACGACCUGGGGGACCAUGACAUCGUGGUGCUGUGUGUGCUGAAAGGAGGCUACCAGUUCUGUGCCGACCUGGUGGACAGAAUCAAGGCUCUCAGCCACAACUCCAACCGCACAAUCCUCAUGAGAGUCCACUUCAUCCGGCUCAAGAGCUACCUGAAUGACCAGUCAACAGAGGAUCUUCACAUACUCGGAGCAGAGGAUUUGUCUUUUUUAGCCGGAAAGAACGUACUGAUUGUGGAGGCCAUUGUAGGCACCGGAAAAACAAUGGAAACUCUCCUGAAGCAUGUUGAAGCUUUCAGGCCCAAAAUGAUCAAAGUAGCAGGAUUGCUGGUGAAGAGAGUGCCACAUAACCCAGCUUGUCUUCCUGACUAUGUCGGCUUUGAGAUACCCGAUCGUUUUGUGGUUGGAUAUGCCUUAGACUACAAUGAGUAUUUUAGAGACCUAAAUCAUAUCUGUGUGAUCAGCGAGAGUGGGAAGAUAAAAUACAAGAUUUAAAAAAAGGAAGCGACUGUCACACAGAUGUCAUCCGACAGCAAGCCUGAACAUUUUCCCCGAGAUGCCAUUCACUUACAGCUGCUAUCGUGACAUUUGAUCUCAAGCAUCCCCUGUUUUGUAAUAACAUUCCUUCUGGGAAAUGUUAAUCUGUUUAACAAUAGACACUGACAUUUAACUGGUAAUUUUUAGCAAUUUUAGCAAAGCAUUUACAUGCUUUACCAUGUUACAACUUCAUUCUUCAUGUUUACAGAAGUAAUUCAUUUGUUAGAAGUUUAUGCUACUGUUUGCCUUUGUUAGUUUGAUUCUAACACGAAUGCAAUCUCAAUUUUACUUCUUUGUGUAUGCAAUGUAAAUAACUUCAUAAUCAUUACCCAUAUGAAUGUGAUAGUUUUUUAAGUCAGUGUGUGAUGAGGUAAAAAAAGGAAACUGCUUAUCUUAACAUGAAAGGGAGUUUUAUUAGGAAAGUAGUGAUAUACUGUAAUUUUACAUUUUCUACACUUGUACAUUGCCUUUUGAUGUUUCAUUAGGUAGUUCUGCUGUCACCGUUAAUGCUCAGGGGCAAACAAAGUAGUUUUGUAAAAACUAAUUACAUUAUACUAACUACUAACAACUAUGUUCCCCUUAUUGUUUUUUUUAAAUAUUUGAGAUGUAGUGGGGUAUUUUUUUCAUUUCUGCAUUUCCUUUUAUAAUUUUACAUACCAUCAAAGUAUUUUUUUUUUAGCAUUUCUGUGUUACCUACCACUGCAUUAGUCUCACAUUCUCUGUUCCCUUACAAAAUGGUACAGAAAAAUAAUGGUACAGAAAAAUGGCUCAUUUUUAUUUUUAUUUAUUUUUGGAAAACUGGCUUCUUGAAGGAUUCCUGAAUUUCUAAAACCCCUAAACGUUUUUUUGUCAACUGGUGUGUAAUUCUAUGUUAGGACUGGCCAAAGCCACAGCCUGAACCAUCAGGUUACCAUUCUUUGAUAAGAAAAUAAUAGUUUAACUGCAAAUGAACUAGUAAAAGGAACACAAGAGAGUAUGUUGUGUUGAGCUGCUGUGCUCUUGGUACACACCUGACAUAUGACCCCAGUCUUUAAGCAGGGAGCACAAAAUCGCAGAAAAACAAAACCGUUUGUUUUUUUCUUGGUACUGAGGUCUGCAGGGGAUUACAGUGAAUUGACUCUGACCUUUUAACUGAAUAUAGCUCUAAGAAUGAAAGACUUGAUGAAGUAGGCCUACUUUAACAGAAUUGCAUUACAUUAUUACCAUCCUAGGUUUUAGUCACUACUUGCAAGUGGAAGACAUCUUCAGUCUUUACUUGAGUGAAAGUAGUGAUCACACACUGUAAAAAUAAAUAAGUUAAGGCUCUUUUUUUAAAAAUCUUUUUAGAGUAGGCUAAAAGUACAGAAAUGUUAAACAAGAAAAUUGUACAAAAAUAAAGUAUGCAGAAAAUGGUCACUAAAUAUAUAUUGUUAUUGGAUCAUUGUUACUGAUGCUUUAAUGUGUAAAUACCAUUUUAGUGGAAACUAUUUUCAAUACAUAUGUAUAGCGUUUUGUAGUUAAAUUGUUAAUGCAUCAUUUUAUAAACUGAUCACAAGUUUUGUAUGUCAAAUUUUAACCU